AUGGCUACUACCACCUCUUGCACUCAAGAAUUGGAGGUGGUUCAAAUGGCCCGAUCCACGGUCUUGCAAGCGAGGAACUGGGCUCGGGCUUCUGUUACACCAAAUGGAUUAGAGUUGGACCAAGAUUUGAAUUCUCAUAACGAGGCUUUAACUGAUUGUGCUAAGCUCUAUGGUGAGUGUGAGUCCAGGCUCGGUCGUUUGCUUGCGGGUAAGAACCACACACUUGAUGAUGUUCGUACGUGGCUAAGCAGCGCGCUGGCGCACCACAGAACUUGCUUGGAUGGAUUGGAAGAGAGGGGAUAUGUUCAAUCCCAUGCAGAGACUCAUAAUUUGACUAUGUUUCUCAGUGAAGCCUUGCAACUGUAUAGGAAGAAGCUAGAAUCUGUACAACGACCUACACCACGACGGCCAAGAUUCAAUCAAAAUGGUGGAAUUUUAGCAUCAUGGAGUCCAGCAACUUCCAAGGCAGACUUUGUUGUUGCACAAGAUGGCUCUGGCACACACAGAACAAUUAAUGAAGCAUUGGCUGCACUCGGCAGAAUGGGUAAUAGGCGACCCCAAAGAGUAAUAAUCCACGUAAAAUCCGGAGUGCAUAAUGAAAAGGUGGAUAUCAAACAUCACAUGAAGAACAUAAUGUUUGUUGGCGAUGGCAUUGGUAGAACCAUUGUUACUGGCAGCCGAAAUGUCCCAGAUGGUUCUACCACCUCAACCUCAGCCACAUUUGGUGUAUCAGGGGAUGGGUUUUGGGCAAGGGACAUGACAUUUCAGAACACGGCUGGUCCCCAUAAACACCAAGCAGUGGCUUUACGAGUCAGCUCAGACCUCUCAGUUUUUUAUCGUUGCAAUUUUAUAGGUCACCAAGAUACACUCUAUGUGCUCUCUUUAAGACAAAUGUAUCGUGAUUGUCAAAUACAUGGCACCAUUGAUUUCAUAUUUGGUGAUGCCAUAGCAGUGUUUCAAAACUGCGACAUCUUUAUAAGAAGACCAAUUGAUCACCAAGCAACUAUGAUAACAGUACAAGGAAGAGACGAUCCCAAUGAAAACACAGGAAUUUCAAUUCAAGGAUCGCGUGUUAGGCCAUCUCAUGAAUUUAUUGCCGUCCAACAUUUGUUCACGAAUUACUUAGGCAGGCCAUGGAAAAAAUACUCCAGGACAACUUUCAUAAAGACGGACCUUGGUGGUAUUAUUCAUCCAAAGGGUUGGACAGAAUGGGAUCGGAGUUUUGCUCUUUCCACACUGUAUUAUGCAGAGUAUUUAAAUACAGGGGUUGGUGCCUUUACUGAAAAUAGGGUGAAUUGGCCCGGUUUUCAUGUUCUUAAUAGUCCCCAGCAGGCUAGCCCUUUUUCGGUGAGAAGGUUCAUUCAGGGGUACUCAUGGAUCCCUGCCACAGGUGUGCCGUUUUGGCCUGAAAUAUAA